UUAUGAUUUUUUCAAAAAAUAUAAUUUCAUAAUUUUAACGAAAAACGUAAUUUUAUGAUUUUUGACAGAAAAUUAUGUUUAACAUUGUAAGAAGCGUUAUCAUAUAUUGCAUGUAUGUGUGGUGUGGUGUAUAUAUGUGUUUGUUUUCUUUAUGUAUUGUAAAAACACAUGACUUUGGUGUGAUCCAGAAGGUGAUCUCAUCUUUGUACCAUAGUUUUUACUUUUCAGUUUCUAGAGAAAAAGUUUCCAACUUUGACUGUUCAGAAAAUAAAAACGUUAAAGAGUUACUGAAUGUAAGAUCAAAUUUACUAACAAAAAACUAGCUGUAACUUUUUGUUGAUCAUAAACAAAUAUUAAUUAAUAUAUAGUUUUAAUUGUUAGGGAGUGUCAAAACAAAACGUAAGAACGGUAAGUUUGAAGUGUGUCCUUUUGCCACAUCAGGGAUUCUCAGGUACUCAAAACUAGCAUAUGAUUUUGAGUGUCUGUGAAGUCACGUUUUAACAGUUGUUGUGUCUUUUAUGUUACAAAGGAAGUAAUCACUUUGACUAUGACCCUCUGUUUUGAAAAUAAUGAAAAAGUUAAAAUACUUUGAAAAUGAAUAACUAGACAUACUUUUCUCACUUGCAGUACCAGAGAAACAGAGAGAGAGAGAGAGAGAGAGUGAAGAGGUUUUGAAUUUAGAUAGAAGAAGAAGUGUUGAAGGAGAGACAGAGAGAUGGGUUGGAACCGUGGUUUUGGUAGGGUGAAGGAUGAAAGAAAGAACUUGAGCUUCUUCAAGAUAUUCCAGAGUGCAGAUUUAUUCUCUGAAUCCAUGAGAGCGAUGCCUUACAACUUCAUGAAGAACAUCUCUAAGGAAGACUUCUCCUACAAGAUGGUGAUAAGAGCGCAGUGGGGAAGCUCAUGGGAAGUGGACAUCUCCAUGAACCCUAGGUUCUACUACAUGGAGAAGUCCGGAUGGAACCAGUUUGUAACCGACAAUGCUUUGGGAGAAAACGAGUUUGUGACCUUCACUCACAAGGGUCUUAUGCGCUUCAAUGUCAACAUCUAUGGGAAGAACGGCAAGGAGAUUGUCACACCUCGCAAACCCCACACAACGACUCCAUUUAGUGGGAUCAAGAAAGAAGAAGAUGUGAAGAAGGAAGAUGAGUCCAUGGGAGUAGGAGUUGAGAUCGAAGUGCAGAAGAAGAAGAGAGCUGUGGAGGUUGGUGAAUCUUCGAGAGGAGCUGCGCUCAAGAAGAAGAAAGCUGAGAAACCUAAACCAUCCAAGAAGAAGAAGAAGAAGAUGAAGAGAAAGAAAGUCAAGAACGGUGUUCCAGAAUUCGAAAUCACCAUAACGAACUCAUACCUCAAGUUCCUGGCAAUCCCAAAGAAGUUUGAGGAGGCGUACAUCCCGGAUGAGUCUAAGGUGUAUAUGAUACAUCACUCUGAAGGGAAGGGUUCCUGGGAGGUUUUUUGCUUGGUGAGGCAGACUAGGACAAUCUUCUCAAGUGGAUGGUGUAGACUGGCAAGAGAGUAUCCUUUAUCGGUUGGUGAUAGGUGUACUUUCCACCUCGUCAAACCUGACGAGUUUGUCCUCACCACCAAGAAGGCCAGAGAGGAGAUCACUGUGAUCGAGUGAUGAAACUGAAUGUUUUAAGUGUCUUUUCAGCUUUCUUAUAUCUAAGGAGAAGCAUAUCGCUUUUAGUUUAUGUGUUGGGUUUCUGAGUUUGUAUUUGUCUAUGUUCCCCUGACUUUAACUUGCUUUUCUCUGUUUUAUGAAGUUAGUCUUGAGACUUUAAAUUU